AGUGUUCAUGAUUAAAACCUUAAAGAAAUGUUGGACCUGACCCAAAAAAGCUAUAAAAUGAUGUAAAAGUAAACUAAAUUUUCGGCAACGUUCUGUUUGCCUUCGUCAGAGUGAAAUAAUUAGAUGAAUAAUUAAAGAAGAGUUUACGACAUGUUUUGAUCCCUAAGGGGCACAAUAAAAGGCAAAUAGCCCUUAGGGAGAGGCUGGCGCUCAUUUACAGCAUCGGUAUUAAGCGUGGAACGCCAAGAUUCUAAGAAUAAGCGUUUAUGUCGAUUGCUACCGCCACGUACUAGUAUUUCUACGUAGUUGGGAUGGAUAUCAUGUCAAGUCUUCCCCGUGUGCUGUUUUAUUGCCGAUUCAUUGUUUCCUCCUGUGCCAGGCUUGUGCUCUGCCCCCCGAGAGUUCCAAGAUCUUUUGCUUUCGCCAAUGUAUACAAACGAAGACGAUCUACACUUGACUUUGUUGGACCGAAAUUGUUUACAAGGUUUUAAUUAAUAGUUACUAAUCGGGCUACUUUUUGCCCUUCUUUUCAGCAAUUAUAUUGGUUCCUGAUGUAUGGCUGUCGUUUUUCACCAAGAAACUUCCAACAGAACAGCAGGACAAGACAAACUUGACUAUUUAUGGCUGUCUUGUAGGGGCAGCCAUUAUAUUUGCAAUCAUUCGUGCAUACGCAUUCCUCUUGGUUUGUGUAAGAUGUUCUGAGCGUCUUCAUGACAAAAUGGUUGAGGCAAUUUUACAAGCACCAGUUCUGUUCUUUGAUUCGAAUCCUGCGGGACGAAUCCUGAAUCGAUUUUCUAAAGAUGUGGGCUGUAUGGACGAGCUGUUGCCACUAAGAUUUCUGUUUUCAAUCCAGUUGGUAUUGCUGUUGUUUACAUCCGUCAUCGUGCCAUCUGUCGCAAAUCCUUGGCUUCUAUUUGCUUCUGUUCCGUUGACUGUGUUAGUCUUCUACAUCUCCAAGUAUUACUUGAAGACUUCCAGAGAACUGAAACGAUUAGAGUCCAUAAGUCGCAGCCCAGUCUUCUCUCACAUUUCGGAGACUCUGAAUGGCCUGGAUACGAUUCGGACGAGGAGCAGACAAAGAGAUUUCGUGGAUCAGUUUUACAGAUAUCAAGACAUUCAUAGUCAGUCACAUAUUAUGGUGAUCGCCAGUGGUAGAUGGCUUGGGGUUCGCCUGGAUGUUAUCGUGUCUUUGUUAAUUGGUACAGUGGCUCUAGCGGCAGUUUUCGCGUCACAAGAUGCAGGUAAGUAUAUCUUAUUCACACAAUUUUGCGUAUUAUGACA